AUCAAAUCGAUGUAACGAAUGAAUGAAUAUGAAAGAAUAAUACAAAUAAUAAAAAAAAGGGUUUAGUGAAUGUGUUCGAUCAUCCUUACUUCCUUCCAAUGUAUGUGUGACUGAAACGAAAAAGAAGAUGUGGCAGCGCACCUUAGACACAACCCAUCUCACUCUCAGAACAACCUUACUCCUUCGCUCCUUCCUCUUCUCUCCUCCUCCUUCUUCUUCUUAUUAUUCCUCUUUCACUUUCAGAACAAUCACCACUCUCUCACAAUCUCAUUCUCACUCUUUUCUUCCGUUAUCCCCAACAACAAAACUCACACAACAACAUGUUUCCUUCACCACCCCCCAUUUUCGCUCAUCCAUUAUACGCUGCGUUUCGUCCUUUUCUACACUCGACUGGAACGACGCCGUUUCUUGCUCCGAGGUUGAUGCUGACGUCACUCAUGAUGGAACCCUUGACCAAGAUGCCAAACCUUCCAUUCCUGUUAGAGCUUUCUUCUUCUCUACCAGUGUUGAUUUAAAAAGCUUGGUGGAGCAGAACAAACCAAACUUUGUUACACCCUCAUCACGGAUGACUAAUUAUGUUGUUCUCAAGUUUGGCAAUCUUUGCGAUUCUAAGGGUCCAGGUACUUCUUUCUCGAAUGGAACGAAUGGCUGUUACAUGGUGGUUUUUCAGUAUGGCUCCAUUGUAUUGUUUAAUGUCUCUGAACAUGAGGUGGAUGGCUAUUUGAAAAUUGUUAGGGAGCAUGCAUCUGGUCUGCUUCCUGAAAUGAGAAAGGAUGAGUAUGAAGUUAGAGAAAAACCAGCUUUAAGCACAUGGAUGCAAGGAGGACUUGAUUACAUAAUGUUACAAUACUUAGACGUUGAUGGAAUUCGGACUAUUGGUAGUGUUCUAGGUCAGAGUAUUGCUCUUGAUUACUAUGGCCGGCAGGUUGAUGGAAUGGUUGCAGAAUUUACAGACAUAAAUCGUGAGAUGGAAGCGACUGGAAAAUUCAAGAUGCAAAGGAAAAAACUUUUCCAGUUGGUGGGCAAGGCAAAUUCAAAUCUUGCUGAUGUGAUUCUAAAGCUUGGACUAUUUGAGAGAUCAGAUAUCGCUUGGAAAGAUGCAAAAUAUGGUCAGAUAUGGGAGUAUCUCAGGGAUGAAUUUGAGUUAACUCAGAGAUUUGCAAGUCUUGAUUUCAAGUUGAAAUUUGUGGAGCACAAUAUCCGAUUUCUACAAGAAAUUCUUCAAAACAGGAAAUCAGAUUUCCUAGAGUGGCUCAUCAUUGCAUUGAUUGGGGCUGAAAUUCUGCUGUCUUUAUAUGACAUUGUUCAACGAUCUGCGAUGAAUCUUUAGCAUCAUUUUUUUCUGGUGGAAGGUUGUGUUAUUUGGUACAAAAACACACAAUCUGCCAAUCAACAAAUCCCGGAGAAUAAGAGAUAAUGAGCAACCAGCAGUAAAAUACAUGAGCAGAGUGAUCAAACGAUUAUGGUUAUACUUAUGCAACUUUGUUGCACAAAAUUUCAUUUAUAUUUAUUUAUUUUCCCUUUUCGGGGGCAUGUAAGAACAGCUUGUUUUUGAAUGGGUGUAGCAUUACAGUACUAGGUGCUACUCAUCGAAAUACCACUUGUAAAUAGCAAUUCGAAAUUAUUCUAAUUCGGUACUUUACUAGUUAGUUUGUAUAA